AUGGGCCGAGGCCCAGAAGGAGGAGGAGGCAGGAGGCAGGAGGCAGGGGGCCUCCUGGACGCGGCCCGCGCGACGCGAUGGGCCGAGGCCGGCGUGGAGGCCCACGUGCGGGACACGGUCAACGGGUGCUCGGGCGAGCCCCCGACGAACUGGAGGACGGCGGCGGGGCGAUUCCGGCGAGACGGCGCGACGAAGAUGGCCGGAGAGGGGCGGAGCGACGGCGGGGCACGCGGAUCCGGCGGCGGGGCUGGACGGCGGAGGGUGCGGGCGUUGGGCGCGGUCGGCGGCGAGGGUUGGCGCGGCGGCGGGGAGGCGAGCGGGAUCCAGGCGGCGGCGGGCCCGAUCUGGGCUCCCUCGGGGGCCGCGGCGGCGGCGGGUGGCGCGGGGACACAUGGCGGGCGCUGA